AGCUUCAUUCUUUUCACCUUCUCAAACACAGAAGAAAUGCGCUUAGAGAAGUGUUAUUUUUGUUCGUCUACURUAUACCCAGGACAUGGAAUUUCAUUUGUGAGAAACGACUGUAAAACUUUCAGGUUCUGUCGAUCAAAAUGCCAUAAAAACUUUAAAAUGAAAAGAAAUCCAAGAAAGAUCAAAUGGACUAAAGCAUUUCGAAAAGCUGCAGGCAAAGACCUUGCAAUUGACAAUACUUUCGAGUUUGAAAAGAAGAGAAAUAUUCCUGUCAAGUAUAACAGAGAGCUCUGGAGUCAGACAGUGCGUGCAAUGAAGAGAAUUGAAGAAAUCAAACAAAAACGACAGAAGCUGCACAUUAAGAACAGAUUAAAACCUGAUAAAGAACUUGUCAAAGAAGCUGAUAAAAAAGAAGUUUUGCAAAAUAUCAAUCUUAUUACAGAACCAGUUCCCAAAAAGAAGAAAGCACAAAAAAUCUCUCAAGUUAUGCGAGAAUCAGAAAGCAUGGAAACAGACGAUUGAAAAUAGCAUCUUUGUAACGUAUUAAAUGGUUGGACUUAAA